ACGCGUGGACUCCGAGUUUUGACCGACCUGCAUUUUCCUACUUUGACCUCUGAUAACAAGAUCUUGAAGCUGUGCAGGCGCGACGUGGCUGCGCUAUUUUUGGGUACGACAAUGUUUAUUUUUAAACGGCCUUUGUCUCUAUUCUUGAAGUUCAAUAGAGGCAGUAUGACUUAACCGUGUAAAGUGACUCAGGAAGUGUUCAGUCUCCCGAGAUCCGUGUUUCAAUUAAUUUUAUCGCCGUUUCUAUAUGUACCAACGCUACAAAGGGGAAAAUGGCUGACGCAUUAGCUGCUGUAGGAUACUAUAUUCACCUGGUGUGGCAAUUUUUCACGCUGCGAAAUGUAGUGCUGUACUCGGUCCUGUUGAUGCUGGUCAGGUACACCUACAACCGGCUGACGGCUAAGAACCUGCCACCGGGGCCCUGGGGCCUGCCCCUCAUCGGGGCCAACUUCCGGCUGGGUUACAAGAACCCGGCCCAGGCGCUGCUGCGGAUCAGCCAGCAGUACGGCCGCAUCUUCAGCAUCCGCUUUGGGCCACAGCUGGUGGUGGUGCUGAACGACGUGGAGCUGGCCAAGGAGGCCUUUGUGAAGAACGCCGAGGUGUGCAGCGGCCGGCCCCACCCGACGGACAUCGGCUUCUCGCUCAGGAAAAUGCCAGCCCAGCUGAUCCGUUCCGAGGGCCAAGACUGGAAGGACCUGCGCAGCUUCACCCUCAAGGCGCUGCGCCACUUUGGCGUGGGCACCAAGGAGAUCGAGAACGUCAUUGAGGAAGAGGCGCAGCAGCUCUGCGGCGCCCUGGAGAAGGAAAUAGCGACGGGCGACGGCACAGUGGACCCCCGCCGCCUCCUCAACAUGGCCGUGGCCAACAUAAUCUGCUCCUUCACCUUUGGCAACCGGAUGGAGUACUCCUCGCCCGAGUUCCUCAAGAUCGUGGAAAGCAUCCGCGAGGUCUCCGCCGACACCUCGCUGACUAACCUGAUGCAGGUCUGGCCACUGCUGAUCCUGACGCCGCCCUACAGCGCCGUCCGGCGGGGGAUUAUGACCUUCCGGCGGAUGGCCCAGAAGGUCAUCGACCAGCACAAGGAGACCUACGACGCCAACGACAUGCGGGACAUCCUGGACAUGAUGAUCGCUGAGGUCAAGAAAGGUAAGGAUGCCAAGAUCCCCGUCAACGAAACCUACCUAUGGAUGAACAUUGGAGAGCUGUUUGGUGCUGGCGCGGACACCACCAUCAACUCGCUCAUGUGGGCUGUGUUUGAGAUGACCAUGAGACAAGACGUACAGAACAAGGUGCGGAAAGAAAUCCAUGAUGUGAUUGGAACUCACCGGCCGCCGAGGAUGUCCGACCGGGGCAGUCUGACCUUCACCCAGGCGGCCCUGAUGGAGUCGUUCCGCCUGCGGCACCCGGGGCCAACCGGCUCUCUGCACCGCACCACAGCGCCCAUGCACAUCGCCGGCUACACGAUACCGGAGAACACGUUCGUGACCAGUCCGCAGUGGAGCAUGCACCGGGACCCGCGCGAGUUCAAGAGCCCCUACGAGUACGAUCCGGACAAUUUCCUGAACGAGGAAGGCCACUUCACUGAGCCGAAAGGGUUCAUGCCUUUCGGUGUCGGUCCUCGAGUCUGCAUCGGCGAGUCCCUGGCCCGCACUGAACUCUUUGUCUUUUUCACCACCCUCAUGCAGCGGUUCAAGUUUGAGUUGGCUCCCGGACAGGUCAUCCAGGACAACGGCCACGGUCACUUUGGGGCCACCUAUACUCCUAAGCCCUUUAAAGUUCGUCUGACCUCUGUGCCACAUUAAGAAAUAACGAUUUGUUUUAGGCCCAGAUCGCUAUGUGGUGAUGUGGUUGUUGCGAUUUUGGUUAUUCUUUAAGCCUAAUUUCUCAGAAUGAUCGAAACCAUUUCCAUCAGCACGCAAGAUGUCAAGACGCAGACAGUCGCGAAACGGUUUGUGACGUCAUUCGACCAAAAAUGUAGAUAGAAAUUGGCGUCGUAAACUCAGAAAAAAAAUUGGUAUGAAAUACCCGGUUAAACCAUUUCGUUUAGCUGAACUGGUAUCGCAAAUCGAUUUAUUUUGUUGGUGGUUGGCUGUGUUGUUCAAAACCAAAACCUCUGUACUGAUGAAGCCACACUUUGUUGACGUGUGUGCUUGGAGCGCAUGGAUUGCUGGCCCCGCUGGCUUUAUAAGAAAGUGCACAUGUUGCAAAGAGUGACGUCAUUAGUACACAUGUCUACGUGGAUUGCAUGUCUUAUUCAUCAUAACAGGAGAAAUUAAUUUGUUUAUUGACGAGAAAAAAUUGUGGCACUUAAGAGAGAGAGACAUCGUUGCAAGCCCAUCAUUCCUGCGCGCAUGUGUUUGUAUUAAUCUAUUCUUUAGGACUCAACGCAAAAAGUUAAACAUGAUUCUACUCUGCCAACUGUGUGAGCCCUCGUUUGUGUCGGUCGCGAUGGUGUUACCAUUAUGAUUGCGUACCGAAGGGGACUAUUCGGUGUCAGCGUCACUCUGUCUCCACACUAUGUCUCAAGGACAACUGCUCAUUCAGAGAUUAACGUAUGAAAUACUGCAGUGGUUCUUAACUGCAAGGGAUGACAGACAAUAGCAGAUUGUUCGCCGCGUAUUUUUCCCUCAAUUCCCCUCAUUUUAAAAGUCCUCCUUUACUGAUAGUGUACUUUGAACCCAUGUCAUGAGGCCGUCGAGCGAAAUGAAGGAUUGCCAUGGUAACGGCUAAGGUUGUCCAUUGACUUUACUGACGUGAACUGAGAUUGUCUUGUUCGGAAUUAAUCGCAUCAGUGAGCAUCACAAAAGGCGCAGAUUCCGGGGAACAAAAUUGAAUGAAUUCCCUGCCAAUUAUGGAUUUUGGCUCCGGCAAUCGAUUUUCAACUAAGAAAUUUGGAAGUUUAUUAGAAAGCUGAUGAGACGGUUGGCAAAUACGCAGAGACUUACAAAAAUUGUGGCCAAACUAUUGUGUUACAUAUUGCCACAACUACUCCAGUUUAAUAAUACUAAUUAUAACAGCAGGCGUUUCAAUUAAUUAAAGAAAUUGAAAUCAGGGCCUGUCGGGCUUUAUUGCCAUGUCAGUACUGCGAAAAUGAGUAAUUUUUACACAAAAACACAAAUAUUUUUGCCAUUCCAUACUUAAACCGUAUAACUGACUUCUCCUUUAACAGCAAGUACUCUGGUACUCGUCAUCUCCUCUGUAUAAGGUCACCUGUCCAUCAAGUUUGGGUUUAAUCAAACACAUAUGGCAGCUUUAAUAACGAGCGUUUGUUUGUCAAAGGUCGUUCAGCAGGCUGUGCUGAAGUCAAGACAACGACACGUUGUGAUGUUUAUUACCCCCUUCCACUAUGAAGCCGUGAUAAACCUGUUCGUCUGAAUGCGUAUAAAGGUAGCUUUUCCUGAAAAUGUAACAGAUCUGCAUUAAAAGUCAUUCUACCAAUGAAGUCCUUUUUAAAUUAAAUUUAACAGGUGAUACUCAUUCAAUUCACUAUGCCGCAGUGAGAGCACUGAGUACUUAAAAUGCAGUUUUUAAUCAACGCCCUCAUGGUUUGGAGUGUUAACUCCUUAAAUAACAUCCACUCACUGGUCUUGAAUGCUUGAUGGGGAAGGUUAAAAGAUGUCUACUAUAGAAAUCAGCGCAUGAAAAUAAGCUGAGACAUUGAAGGCAGCAAUUUUGCUCAACAGGUCGUGCAGCGCGGCGCGUCUCGCGGUCAGAUCUGAAGUGGGUUGUUAUGACAGCGAUCUAGGGUGAUGAACUCAUAAAACUAUAGCGACACCUUUUCAGUGGAGUCUUGAACUUCAUCUGUUUAGUGAAUUUCAACCUCAGCGAUCCUGACUUGAAAUACUAACUAAGAGUAAGUGCCUUUACAAGGCCAUUAAACGCCUUCUGUCACUGAUUCAACGUAUAAAAUUAUAAUUUAUGUAUUGAGGAAAUGGCCAAUGAGGAAAUAUCAGGGUCAGUCACAAUGUAUAAACUGAAACCGUGUUUGAAAUUUCGAACCUGCCUUGUUUCGCUACAGAGGUAAUUCAAUAAAUUGUCCCAGUUCUGAAUCAAUGAAUUAUGUUGUUUCAUUUGUUAUGCACCAAACAUCAAUCAAACUUCUAAACUAGGUAUACUAUUGUAAUAAAGGAAAUUGGUUUUUGGAUGUAGAAGUGGCGUUAAUACUAGAGUACAAAGAGUCGUCUCGCCAUGUUGCCUAAGUCAUUGGCGCGUGCAAAGUAACAUAACAGCCUAAAUUGUCCAGUCUGCAGGGGGGAAAGGCAUACACUACGAGUCAUGGUGAAAAUGGUAACUGAAGGAAAAUAAAUGGCCAUUAGUGUCAUAUACCUCCCCUCCCCAGGAAAUAUAAAAACAAAACAAAGCAAAAAGGAAAAAGACAGACUGGGAAAGGGAAUGAAAUUACCACAUUUAAUUGAAAACCUCGAAAUUGGCCCAGGUUCCACUGUUCAUGGUUUUAUCAAUACGUUGCUGGUGACUGAUUCACCCCUCCCCAGAAAAAAGUCCUUUAACCGUGGGGGAAAAAUCUUAUUUACAGUUAAGGUAAAUGGUCCAACAAAAGAUACGCAUAAAAUUACACGAACAGUAAUUUCAUCUCGUGACAUCGAUAUUGUGGCCAAGAGAGACCCUGGAACGAAGGGGAAAAUGGCGCAGACACCACGGUCUAAUUAUGCACAAUGCCCUUGUUAACGUCCCUAGCUAGUGCUUCUCAGUAGCUCGUCUGUCAUAUUUGCAAAAACCAUUAAAUAUUAUGGACUGAAAACGUCGCCACGGGCUGUCUUCUUCCCGUUUGGAAGCUCAGUGAGAGAUAAUGGCACAAGGGUGUAAUGGAAAAUUCUGAUCAAACACUGCGCCAACGGAAGUUGAUGUCAACACGAUAUGAUGACUGAACUAGCACUUUUUUGUUGUCAGAUUGAGUUAAAACAUACUUGUCAUCUUUAAAGAUUCGAAACUCUUUGCAGUGCCUGUCGAUUUUUUUUAUUUUUUUGUUUUAUUUGGGUCUGUUUGGCCAUUGUGUGUGCUAUUCGUUAAUUCAACAGUAUUUGCUAACUUGUAGAUGAUCAUUGUCCCAAUUCAAUCUGAUUCUAAAUUGUUUCUAUGCCAUACAUAUUUUAUUAUACUUUCUUUUAUUAUUAUAGUAAUGCAAACCUUGGUAUUUAUCACCCAAAGUGUGAAGUCAUCGAUGCAGAAACCUCAAUGUUACAGCCAUUUCUGACUAUUUUGCUGUCUUUUUUUACUUUGGUCAUAGGUUGUUUUAGAUCAUGAUGGUAGGCCAAGAGUGUUCUCACAA